UGAAUGUCAUGUUUGGUUUUGCGGUCGGACAGCAGCCAGUCCAAAGGUUGUCGCAUAGGUAGUUGGUGUGUUGGCGUAAUACAGUAUUAGGUGUACUACCUAUACUAGAUUUUCUCGGGAUUUUGGGCGUUAUAGAUUGUUUUGACCUCUACCAUUCAAAAUGUCUUACGACUACGAAUCAUAUAAUGAGCCCCUUGCUGGUGCUGGUAACAUGGAGUUUUCAGACAAAUCAAUUCGGAUGGGCUUCAUAAGGAAAGUGUAUAUGAUUUUGAUGGCCCAGCUGACAGUGACCUUUGGCUUUGUGGCAGUUUUUACCUUGAGUGAAAGUGUCAAAGCAUUCGUCUUCAGCAAUGUGGCGAUCUUCUAUGUUGCUUUAGCGGGCACACUUGUCUGUAUCAUUGCGUUGUCUUGCUGUGGUACCCUGAGAAGGAAAACACCACAUAAUUACAUCUUCCUUGGAAUAUUCACAAUUUGUGAAGGUGUAUUGUUGGGAACUGCAUCAGCCUCCUUCACGACUAAUGAGAUUUUAUUAGCAGUGGGCAUCUGCAUUGUUGUGGUUCUCUCCUUAACAAUUUUUGCAUUCCAAACAAGGUUUGACUUUACAACAUGUGGAAUGUUUGUUUUUGUGAGCGUUAUUGUUCUUCUCAUGUUUGGUCUCCUGGCUGUAAUUAUUCAGAACAAGAUCUUGAACUUGGUGUAUUCGUGCUUAGGCGCCCUGCUCUUCUCCUUUUAUUUGGUUUUUGACACACAAAUAAUGAUUGGAGGUAAUCACAAGUAUGCCAUUUCACCUGAAGAGUAUGUAUUUGCUGCUCUUACUUUGUAUUUGGAUGUGAUAAAUAUCUUCAUGUAUAUUUUGUCCAUCAUUGGCAACAGUCGCAACUGAAGAAACCUGGUAGUAAAUUUGAAAUUUUUUGUAUAUACAUGGGAGUAUCUAUCCUCAUCUUUAAAAAGCAGCUCUUCCUGUACAGUUAAUAGUGGACUGAAACUCAUGAUUAGAGGUACUGUAAUCACAAGUAUGCCAUUUCACCCAAUGAAUGUGUAUUUGCUGCUCUUACUUUGUAUUUGGAUGUGAUAUCUUCAUGUAUACUUAUUUUGUCCAGCAUUAGCAACAGUCACAACUCUGGAAAUAAUUGAAGAUUCUGUGUAUGUACAUGGGAGUAUCUGCCCUCACCUAUGAAACAGCAGCUCUUCCUGUAUAUUAAGGCCCUUAUGACCCCAUACAUUUUUUUAAAAUUGCUAAGGAUAUAUUUUGAAAUCAUGACCCCCUGUAUUAUUUUUUUUUAAUUCCUAAGGAUAUAUUUUGAAAUCAACCUAAUUUUUGUCAUACUGGAAACUAUACACAAUCAAGUUUAUAAAAUGGGUUAAAUUAU